CUUAUCAGUAAAGUAGUGUAGCUACGCCCCCCAAGCUCACAGUUGAGCUCAAACGAUAUCACGUGCUAAGGAUGAAGAGCACGAUGAACAACAUCUUGACGUUGCUGCUCGCCUUGGCCGUAUGGAGUGUGCAGGACACAUCUGCAGACACACAUUCAUUGAAAUACUUCAUCACGGCAACUUCCGGUGUGAAAAACUUCCCCGAGUUUGUGGGCGCUGCUGAGGUGGACGGCGUCCGGGUGGGCUACUGUGAUAGCAACAUCCAGUCGGCGAAACCCAAACAGGAAUGGAUGCAGCAGCUGGUCCGGGACGUUCCGGAUCAACUGGACUGGUACAAGCGCAAGUGCUUAGGCAACCAGCACGUCUUCAGGAGAAACCUCAAGGAUUUGAGUCACCGCUUAAACCAGUCUGGAGGCAGCCAUGUUUUACAGCGGAUGAACGGUUGCGAAAUUGACGAUGAGAGCGGCGAGAUCGUGGGCUACAACCAGUACGGCUAUGACGGAGAAGACUUCAUUGUGCUGAACCUGGAGAUGCUGACGUGGACGGCGCCCUCCCCGCAGGCCUUCACCACCAAGCUUAUUUGGGACAGGGAGAAGGAGAGACUGGAGUACAACAGAGACUACUAUAAAGUCAAGUGCCCGGAGUGGCUGAAGAUGUACGUGGACUAUGGGAAGAGUGUCCUGCAGAAAAAAGAGCUUCCCUCGAUGGCUCUCCUCCAGAAGACACCCACCUCGAUGGUCUGUUGCCACGCCACGGGCUUUUACCCCAGACUAGCCAUGAUGUUCUGGAGGAGAGGCGGCGAGGAGCUCCACGAACAUAUAGAACAUGGCGAGCUCCUGCCCAACCAUGAUGGAACCUUCCAGAUGAGCGUGAACCUGAACGUGUCAGCGGUGCCGCUCGCUGAGUGGCCCGAAUACGAGUGCGUGUUUCAGUUCGGUGGUGUCAAGGAGCAGCUGGUCAUCAAACUGGACCAAGACGCCAUCCAAAGCAACUGGAUUCCUCCCCAAAAGGUUCCGGCCGCUGUGGUCAUCGGAGGCGUCGUCGGGUUACUGCUGAGCCUUCUGGCGGCCGCCGCCGUGGGAUAUUACAUCCGGAAAAGAAAGGCUAACGGCGGUGAGAAGGAUGUGUUGAAAUUUUAUUGAGUCAUUGUCAGAAAGAUAACAAAGUUCAAAAAUUUCAGGCUGUUGAUGCGGGCCCGGAAUUCGCCCAAUCCCACGUUGGAGACUGUGAGCAGUGAGCCCUGGAAUUAAGAACGGCAGGACCAGAACUUAUUACAAGACAAGCUAGCCCGCUAAACCAAAUCAAAAUGAGCCCUAUUGUUGUGUGAUUCUUUUCGAAAAGAAAUUUAUUUUUUUACAUUUUUCGUUUAUGUUUUUAUUUAUUUCAAUGAUCAUCUAUUACCUGUGAGUAUAAAAGAGUGAAUUCUGUCAGCCUAAAGCACUUUUAUUUCCAAACACAAACCCCCUGUAAUGUGAUCCACGAUUUAUUUGUAUCUUAUUUUUUACCUUUGUAUUGCUUUGCAAAAAUAAAUAUUCUUUUGUGCUGCAUGACUAAAUAAAAUGCCAAAUAUA